UAAAUACCACCUCCUGCUCACCCCCCCGGUUAUUGCCAUUGCCCGACAAGCAAGGAGGACACGCUGCCUUCCCGGAAAAUAAACACAAACGACCUGCAGGUGAAGUAUGGCUCGUACAAAGCAGACCGCUCGUAAAUCCACCGGAGGAAAGGCGCCUAGGAAGCAGCUGGCCACGAAAGCUGCCAGGAAAAGCGCGCCCUCCACCGGCGGAGUGAAGAAGCCCCACAGAUACAGGCCCGGCACUGUUGCCCUGCGUGAGAUUCGUAGGUACCAGAAGUCCACUGAGCUCCUUAUCAGGAAGCUGCCUUUCCAGCGUCUUGUCAGGGAAAUCGCUCAGGAUUUCAAGACAGAUCUCCGUUUCCAGAGUGCAGCUAUUGGAGCUCUCCAGGAAGCAAGUGAGGCAUACUUGGUUGGACUCUUUGAGGACACCAACCUGUGCGCUAUCCAUGCAAAGAGGGUUACCAUCAUGCCCAAGGAUAUUCAGCUGGCCAGGCGAAUUAGAGGAGAGCGUGCAUAAAUGAUGGAUUUUAUCUUUUUAGUGGGGAUUGGGGGGUGGCAGGGACUGACUGGGGUUUGUUUUGUAAAUCUUGAAUUAUUACCAGCAUGUGUACCACUUAAUUUGUCAUUUGUAGUUUCAGGCAUGUAUUUCUUUUUCUUUUUUUGUAUUUUUCAUUUCACUCUUGACUUUCUUUCAAUUGUCGUAUUUACUGUAGAAUAGAGCUGCAUAUCUGUAAAUGCUGAAAAGCAAAAUAUUCCACUGCCUUUCUCAGGUUUGCAAAUCUAUUUUAGAUUCUGGAUCUUUAAUCCUGUGUGUGCAUGUCAUAGGAUUUCUUGUGCUGUAAAUAAACUUUCCGCUACCUCAAAUUGA